AUGCAUUUGGAGGCCUGCAGGCAGGGAGCACCUGCCCGUGGAAAAUGCCGGACCAAGGGCGAGAAGCAGCUGCUGGCCGGUGAAUGGCAAGCCUGGGGCUGCAACUUCUGCUUUGCCAGCUGUACCCUGGUGAUACAGGGCAGUAUGAUUCUCCCCAUGAGAGCCGUGGCUUCCUCUGUCCAGUUGACCUCUGACCCAGCCCAGUGGGGGCCCACCGGGGCACUGGACCAGCGCCGGUGGUGUUUUUCUCAGGUGAAAGGAGCAGUAGAUGAUGAUGUAGCAGAAGCAGAUAGAAUUUCCACAGUAGAAUUCAAUCAUUCUGGAGAAUUACCGGCAACAGGGGAUAAAGGUGGUAGAGUUGUCAUCUUUCAACAGGAGCAGGAGAACAAAAUCCGUUCUCAUAGCAGAGGAGAAUAUACUGUUUAUAGCCCCUUCCAGAGCCAUGAACCAGAGUUUGACUACGUGAAAAGUUUAGAAAUAGAAGAGAAGAUCCACAAAAUUAGGUGGUUGCCCCAGAAAAAUGCAGCUCAGUUUUUAUUGUCUACCAAUGAUAAAGCAAUAAAAUUAUGGACAAUCAGUGAAAGGGACAAAAGAUCAGAAGGCUAUAGCUUGAAAGAGGAAGAUGGAAGGUAUAGAGCUACUACAAUUACUACACAUCGGGUACCAGUCUUUAGGCCCACGGAUCUAAUGGUUGAAGCCAGUCCAUGGAGAAUUUUUGCCAAUGCUCAUACAUAUCACGUCAACGCUAUUUCUAUAAAUAGUGAUUAUGAAACAUAUUCAUCUGCAGACGAUUUGCAGAUUAAUCUUGGGCAUCUGGAAAUUACAGACAGAAGUUUUAAUACUGUGGAUAUCAAUUCUGCCAAUAUAGAAGAACUGACACAGGUGAUUAUGGCAGCAGAAUUCCAUCCAAACAGCUGUAACAUAUUUGCAUACAGCAGCAGUAAAGGAACUAUUAGGUUAUGUGACAUGAGGGCAUCUGCCCUCUGUCAUAGACAUUCUAAACUGUUUGAAGAACCUGAAGAUCCCAGUAACAGGUCAUUUUUUUCUGAAAUCAUCUCCUCUAUUUUUGAUGUAAAAUUCAGCCAUAGUGGUCAAUAUAUGAUGACUAGAAACUCUUUGUCAGUCAAAAUUUGGGACUUAAAUAUGGAAAACAGGCCUGUGGAAACCUAUCAGGUUCAUGAAUACCUCAGAAGUAAACUGUGUUCACUGUAUGAAAAUGACUGCAUAUUUAGCAAAUUUGAAUGUUGUUGGAAUGGAUCUGACAGUGUUGUUAGAACUGGAUCUUACAAUAAUUUCUUCAGAACAUUUGACAGGAACACAAAGCGAGAUAUAACCCUAGAAGCAUCGCGGAAAAAUAAUAAACUUUGCACAUUUUUGAAGCCACACAAAGUCUGUGCAAGUGGCAAGCAAAAGAAAGAUGAAAUAAGUGUUGACAGCCUAGACUUCAACAAGAAAAUACACCAUACAGCCUGGCACCCGAAGGAAAAUACCAUUGCUGUAGCAACUACAAACAAUCUGUAUAUAUUUUAA